AUGUUUGCUCAUAAAGUGGCUGCCUCAUUUGGCUUCACCGCCGGUAUAAAAUAGGCCAGACGUUCCAAAAAUCACUUAAGAAAACAGUCUUCCGUAAGCUAAACCGCACUCUCUCUCGGCUUCUUUACAGCCAUGCAUCCUAUAUAUCAACUACCAGACCAAAAGAACGAUAAGGAGGAAAAUGCAAAAGAUAGACAAGGCCAGUUUCGCUACCUCUCAGAGGAAAUGAUGCAGAAAUCACACCAGAUGAGUGAAGAACAGAACAUGUGGAAAAGGCAAAUCGAAAGGGCAGAGUUCCAAGCCUAUGGAACACACCCCCCUGAUCAAACGGCUUUGGAUAUGAAAACCAAUAUGAAAAGUACACCGGUAUAUAAAUGUACUGAUCAAGUCAGGGUACACUUUUGCUGUGAUAACUGUCUUUAUUACGAUUAUUACGAAGAAGCUGCAUAUCGUGUUUAUGGAACACCACGUACGCAUGGCAAGGCCUGUUAA